GAGAGAUCUCAUGGUCAGCACACAAAUACUGAUGAAAUCACCCAACUUAAUACCACAAAUCAGCCGAAAAUACAUCUAAUAAAGAGCAAAUCACGUGUAGCUAGUUACCUUGCUCGAAAAACUAGUGACCCAGGCAAAAGCGAAAAAAACCUGCCGUUGGCGCCCAACGUGGAUAAUAAAAAUAUCUCCGUCUCUGUAACAAAUAAGUCACUAACCCCUCAUAAAGAGUUUGUCGCAACUCACAAGUUCGUUGCGCCCAACGUGGAUAGCAAAAAUCUAUCCCCAAAAAUCAAAACAAGUCGAACCUCUAACAACCAAUUACACGUCAAUAACAAUACGAUAUUGGAGAAAAACAACACCUCAAAGAAGAAGAAAGCAAAACCGCCUUUAGAAAAAAAACCUAAACAAGAGUUUUCAAAAGAAAACAUAAAACAAAAUGAGUCAACUGAGAAAUGGGUAAAUAAACAAUAUAAUCCAAAGAAAUGUAAGAGAUUUGUAACACAUCUCUUACCAGAGUCAUUCCCUAGACAAGUCAAAAAACUUAGAGAACUUGUUAAAGAAAAUGAAAAUAGAGUCAAACUAAUUGGAGUAACAACCGAUGCUCGAUGGGAUGGGAUAGUAAAAACUACUAUCAUAACCCAAUCUAAUAUAGUACAAAUAUUCUUAAAAUAUUUGGAUUCA